AUGAGUGUAGAAGAUAUUGACAUUGAUAUAGAUACAGAUGAAGUUUUAAAUCUAGAACAAGAACAAUAUCAAAUAGGUUACCAAGAAGGGGUUGAAGAAUCCGCCAAACAACAAUAUCUCGAAGGUAAACAAUUUGGAUAUCAAACAGGGUUCCAACGGUUUCUAAUAGUAGGAUAUAUUAAGGGACUAAUUGAAGAAUGGGAGGGCCAUAUAGAUAACUAUAGUGAUUCUAAGUCAGUAUUAAGUAAUCAUCUACAACAAUUGAAAAGCUAUGUUGAUAAUAUACUGGUGAAUAAUGAUGAAACAUCGGUUGCUCAAUUCGAACUACAAUUGAAGAAAGCCAGGAAUAAACUAAGAGUUAUUUGUCAAUUGGUUAAAGAAAGUUGGAAGAUUAAUAAUUUGGAUACGUUGGUUGAGCAAGUCGUUGGGUCAAUGCAAGUGAGUGAGAAUGUUGAUGAAAUGUGGUGA